ACCCGACGUGCUUUUCUACCCUCGACGACGACAGUCCUGCCGCACCACCAAAACGUACCACAUAAUCGACCAUGACAGCGAUCUGCUUCGUGUGUAAUCUGCCGAUUCUGAGUCAUCAGGUCGGAUUAAUAUGGCAAGGAGGAAAUGGUUGGGACGAUCUUAUGCGAGAACAGGUGGAGGAAACAACUUUGAAACAAAGAUUAGGUACAGGAAGAAGAGAUUCGGCAACACAAAUAACAUCAAUCUCACCACCAAACGAGAUUCAAGAAUCCUCGCCAACGAAUCCACGACGCAGAAGAUCGAGUUUGGCUCAAUUGACGGAUAUUAUAAGAGAAUGGGGUGGUGGAGGAACAGGUGGAAAGAGUGGACGUGCCAGUAAACUUUAUCGUAGAGAAACAUUGGCUGAUAUUGCUAAAUCAUUACCAUGGCCGAGACAAGCAACAUCGGAUACGAGUCACCUGGCAAGUUUAAGAAAAAAACGUGAAAAUUCGGAAGACAGUGGUAUCAGGAGUCAAGCAUCGACGAAAUCAAGAAAGGAUUCGACUAUCAGUGAUUUUAAAAGUGAUUUAGCUAAAUUUUGGAGUAAAAAAGAUGUCCAACCACAACAACCACCAACUGUAAUCUCACCAACACCGAGACGAGGGUCAGGGGAAAGCGCAAGGUCAAGAAGGGAUUCGGUUGUAGCCGGAGCUCCAAUUUCAGGAGAGCGAAAGCACAGUUGUCGUCAUCACAGGCGUAGACAAUCUCAACAAUCGCAGCAAUCUGUCGAAGGUGUCACCAUAACGCCUACUAAAUAUUACAUCAAUGAUCAAAGACCGAGCGCUUCUAGCACCGACAGUGGUGCCAGCAAUAUUGCUAGAGAUCACACAGAUACGCGUAGAAAUUCAACAGACAAAAGUGAAAGAUCGAGCAGUUUUGAAUCAAAAAGUCAAACACCAAUGCUAUCGACGGAAACAAGAGCACCAACACCAACUACAACUGGCAUGACCAUCGAUGGUAAAGUUAUGACGAAUACAUCAACGGAAACUAAAACGUUCAGCGUAACUACAGGAACGUCUAUGUCGAGUUCAUUGACAGUUAAUGCAAGAUCAUCGCCAGAAGGAAAAAUUCUUUCGUUAGAACCAUCAGUAAAUACACCAGCAAUCAUAAUGUCUUCUGUUACACCACCGAGUGUUUCACCAGUAGCUGGAAGUAGUCUUCCACUUCCUGGUACUUCGACUACUGGUAGUUCUAGUCCAGUUGGAUCACCCGGUGUCAGUGCAGCACAUCCUUUAGUUGCUACUCGAAGAGAUUCCACCACCCAAUGUUAUUACAAAGGAAAAGAAACGUCACCGAACAAAUUAUCAAAAUUAACGCGGCAGGCAGCGGCAAUAGACGAAUCCGUACCUCCUGUUGGACGACGUGGUAGCCAACCAACCUUAUCACCCGAUCCAGAUGACGGAGGAAGAAAAGCACGUAGGGAUUCGCUUAGUCCAGAUUCAGCGUCUUAUCCAAGACGUCGUGAUUCAAAAACUCACUUAAGUCCUGAUAGAUCUGUCGAUAAAAGGGAUAUCAGUCCAAGUAGACAGAAAAAAGCACAAUUGAGAAGACAGUCAAAUUCUUAUGCUCAACCUCAAAGAUCACCGAGUGGAUCGUCCUGUUCAUCGAGAGAUCCAAGUCCCUGCGCACGUGCACCACUUCAACAUUCUCAAACAAUGCGAAGACAAUCUACCACAACCGAAGAAAUUUUAAUAGCACGUGGAUUCAGACGACAAAGUACGACGGAAGAAAUGAUCAGAUGUCGAAAUUUUCGUAGACAAAGUUCUCAAAAUGAGGACACGGUGGGUCAACUUUACCAAGUUCAAAGAUAUCGAGGAAGGAGAGACAGUUCUGCACAAAUUACCGAUGGAACGUUUGCCACAAUGACCGUCGAAACUUCCAGUACUUUUUUCGACAGCAGCACUCAGACUGAACCGUCGUCGCUAUACGACAACAACCACUACCACGAGGAGUGCCUAAAAUGUAACAGUUGCGGCGCCAAUCUGACGGGAAUCAAUCAGAAAAGGGCGAGGCGGUUUAAAAAUCAGAUACUUUGCGAUCUGCAUUUUGCCGACGUGGCGCUGAUGGAGUGCUCGGACUUCAUGCAGCUGUUGCGCAGCUUCAAACCACACAGUUUAGGCAACGCGGUUGCCAGAAGAAAAUCAUCAAAUACUUUGAUAUUUCUUUUACCAUCUCAAGCUUGUUCAGAUGAAUUCUGUCAAGAGUAUCCGCACAAUUUUAUCCCAGCACCGGGUUAUUGGAUCGAAUGUUCCAGACAACAGAUAACCACCGAUCUUAGCAAUGAAAGAAAUGACAGGGAUGGUCUAGAUCCCGAUGAAGUCGAGGAUUAUCAAUUUUCUUUGUCAGAAGAAAGAGAAUUCGAGACGAAUGACAGUACGAGAAAGAAAACGGCUAUCGAAGAACAAUGGGAGAAAUAUCAAUGUUUCGAGUUAACGUCGGUCGAACAAGAAACUUAUGAGAAAUAUUUUUACGCAUCUGAACAUUGGAAUUAUUUUACGAACGAUGAAGAUCUUGGACCGGUGAUACUCAGCAUCAAACAAGAAACUCUUAAUGGACGGGAUCAAUUUAGAAUACUCGUUAGGGCAAUCAGUUAUACGGUACAUGGACUUAUACCAGCCAGUUGUGUUUUCGCUGAUCGGUACAAUCGUGAAGAAGUAGUACGUAGUCUUGGUAAAGAAGUAAACAUCAAUCCACCGUUGACACUUGGUCAAUUGCCGGACACCCCAGAGGAACUUCUAAAGCUCGAUCAAGCUUUCAUCAAGUCCGAGGUUAAAGUUGGAGUGAUAUAUGUGAAAGAGGAACAAUGUACGGAAGAGGAGAUACUUGAUAACAACGAGAAUUCACCAUUGUUCGAAGAAUUUCUUCAGAUUCUAGGUGAUAAGGUCAAGUUAAAGGGAUUUGACAAGUACAAAGGUGGUCUUGAUACCGUUCACAAUUUAACUGGAUUUAAUUCCGUCUAUACCAAUUGGCGAGGCAUUGAAAUCAUGUUCCACGUGUCGACCCUUUUACCUUACGAAAAACACGACACGCAAAAGUUACAAAGAAAAAGACACAUUGGCAACGACAUAGUUUGCGUUGUAUUUUUGGAAGCUGAUAAAACGAGAUUCAAUCCUGCUUGUAUUAAGUCACACUUUUUGCACACGUUCAUCCUGGUUCGUGUGAGUCCUGCUGCGCAAACUAAAAGCCCUCAGAAAGAGGUUACCAAAUAUGAAGUGUCUGUAGUCACCAGGGAUGAAGUUGGUGCUUACAAACCUUAUCUAUGGGAACAGAGUGUCUUUGAGAAAAGUCCUAUGUUUCGGGAAUGGAUUCUGACAAAAAUUGUGAAUGGUGAAAGGGCGAGUUACUCGGCACCAAAAUUUGCAAGAAUGCAGGAAAGAACAAGAAGUCAAAUGAUGGAAGAUAUCGUAACCAAUUUAAUCAAUCAUGCAGAAACUGGCCAAAUUCCAAAACCGUACAGACGAGGAUCUUGGAGACCGAUUGGACAUAUGAGACCAUUCUCGCCAUUAUUGGAUUCUGUUCGUGAUAAAUUUGAGGACUAUGAUCAAUUGGCUAAAGAUUUUACUAAAGUAUUCUUAAAUAAUGCUGAAAAUGUCUCAUUGAAUGCUAAUUUAUUUGACGUAUCCUUCCUUGUACCUGGACAACACAAACAAAAGGUCCGAUUUCUUGGUGUUCGAGCUAUCUUGGCUGUUAGAAGCAGGGUAUUUCAAGAAAUGUUAUACGGAAUUCAAGCAGGUUUUGGAAGUCCUCAAGUACCAGUUGCCGAAUUAUUAGCAAGACCAGCACCAACCUUGCUAAGUCCACAAAAACCAAAGAGUUCUAAUUUCCUACAAGUUCCAGACAUGGAAAGUCCUAGGCCCAAAAGUGUGCCCUCAUCGCCGAUGGUUAAACGUGCUAUCUCGAGACUGGGAACAAUCACUGCCGGUUGGGGAAGGAGUAUCAGAAAACAUGGAGGUAAUACUUUACAAAGUGAAGAUCGUAAAAGAUGGGCUAGUUCGCAGGAUUGCAGUAAUAAAGAUGCAAAGGAUAAAGAUAAGACUGCUGAAUAUUUAGCUGUUCCAAGACUGAGCGUUUAUGCUGAUGCACAAAAAGUUGAUCGUGCUAAACUCGCUCAAACUGAGUUCGACGUGAUCGAGUUCGAUCCAGAAACGUUUGGAACAUUAUUGGACUAUCUGCAAACCGGUUCGUGUCCUUUGACCUGUAGCAACAUACCAGGUCUGAUAUGUGCAGCUGAACAUUUUGAUUUGCCCGAACUUCUUCAAGCUUGUUUCCAUCACGCUAAACAAUACCUUCGUAUCGAGAUAGUAUGCGAGAUGUUAUGCGUUCUUGAAAAUUAUUAUUGGCGUUAUACAUCGGCUAACGAUUUGAUGGACAUGAUUAAAGCAUUCGUAAGAACAAGAGCAUCUCAACUAUUUCAAAAUCCAGACUUUUUAACAUUAAGCGAGUCGAUGGUUCAAAUGAUAAUGUCUAGCCGUCCCGAGGUAGCUGAGAUCAAAAAAUUCGAGGCUAUGCUGAAAUGGGCUAAUCAUAGGAUCAAAACUAAAUCGGCUGAACAACAUGAUACUAAACAUGAAUUUAAAUGUAUCAUGGAAAGACUAUGCAAUGAUAUUAAUUUGUAUGGAAUACCUCCUCAAGAAUUAGUAAGGAUCGUCCUACCGUCAAAAGCUAUAGAUAAUGAAUUGAUCUUAAAGACUUUAAUGGUCCAAGCUAAUUCAGGAAUCUAUCGUAAUGUCGAUAGUUACUUAGAAGCUUAUCAAGAGAACGUUCAGAACCAAGAAAGUUUUGAUUAUUAGCCAAGGGCUCGUGGUAGAUCUUCGAGCGAGCGACGUCGUGACAGAUUUACUGAGGAUUUACUCAAAUAAAUUACUAUUUCAGAAGUCAGACAGAGAGAGGGAAAGGCAAAAGAGAGAGAAAGAGAAAGAUAAAGAUACAUACAUAUAUAUAUAUAAUAUAAUAUCUAUGAUUUGAUAUGAAGCUGACAGGCUUGUAUACUAUUAAAGGAAUGGUAAGCUUUCUCUUCUGGGGUAACUUAUGAUUAGAAACAUGUUAUCAUGCUACUCGAUAUGCGUAGGAGUUACUAAUUAUACCUUAGCCAACUGUCUGACAAGUGUUCUGAUUGAUUAUCUGAAAUCGAAUAAGCUCGCCCGUCGUCUACCAUGUAACUAAAGAGAGUAUCGAAAUACGAAAAUUAAUUAUUAUUACGAUCAAUGUGUAUAUAUAUACAUAUAUGCAUACAUGUAUAUACGUGCCAUAUGUUUUUCGUAUAUCUUAUACGAUAAUCAAUAAUACUACACAAUGCGCACGUACGAUCUAAAGUACAUAAACAUAGUUAGUGAGAAAUUAAUGAAGAUCUGUGUAUGUGGAAAAAUUAAUUACGUUUCAAUGAUUCCUUCGUCUUUAUUUUCGAACUAUCAUUUGUGAGAAAGAAAGAAAGAGUUAGAUAGAUAAAUACAUAGAUAGAUAGAUAGAUAAAUAGAUAGAUAGAUGAAUUUAGACGAAGAGAAUAAUACUUGGAUGAAUAAAAAAAAAGAAAUUGAAACAACAUGUAAAGAAUUUUAAU